AUGAUUAGGAAUCCAGAUUUUGACACAUUUGUUUGUUGUGCUGUUUGUUCAAAACUAAUUCCACCACCUCCUAGACCAGAGACUUUUGAGCGGAUUAGAGAAUACAAGCCUUACAAAACUCGGUAUUAUACACACAGAGAUAUAUUGGAAUUGGGAGCUGACAUUAAGCAAGCAGAAGCAGAUAGAAGAGAAGCAGAAGUACAACAACGAAUUGAAAAAGUGCAAGCUAGACUAUUGCUUCAGGCUGCAACAGAAAGAGAGGAUGCAGUGGAAGAUGCCCUCAAUCGUGCAGCUGCUCUACACGCGCAAGAUAUUGAAGCCCUUAAAGAGAAAGACGAAAAAGCAUUACAAGAGGCUGUGAAGAACACAAGGAUAGAAAUGCUCCAUCACCUAGAACUGGAACUGAAGAGAGAAUCAGAAGCUGCUGAGCAGCGGAUGACACACAAACUUCAACGACUCAUACUGGAGCUCGCGAUGGAGAAGUCGAAAGCCGUUGGUGAAGCUAGGCAGGAAGAGAGGAACAAAAUAUCUGGAAUGCUUGACGAGCAAAACAAAACGUUUUUGGAACAAUUCAGGAAAGCUGGGGAGCUUGCCAAUGAAAUUUAUCAGAAGAACCUGCAGCAGUUGUCCGUGGAGAAAAAAUAUGAAAUGGAAAUGGCCUUUAAAAUCUCCCAGAAAGAGUUUCAGGAAGAAACUGAGAAACUCAUCCAAAACGCAGAAAAUCUCCGUGAGGCUCAGUUGCAAGAGGUGUCACACGAGGUGAGCAAGAAAAAUGGCGAGAUCCUGACUCUUAGCCAACAACUGGAAAGCAUGACAGACUGGAAAGAUAGCCUGGAAGCAGAAAUAUUAGAAAUAAGAGAAGCAUUUCAGAAAUACAUUAACCUCACAUUUCCACAACUUGCACCAGGGCAAGCAGACUUUAUCUUACCAUUCAGAAAAAUAUCUCGGUUUGUUGACUCUGGUGUAGAUACGUAAGCUGAAUGACAACCAGGAAGGAGUUCUGUCAGUUUGCUGCAGCCAUCUAGUCUUGCUGUAGAGGAGUUGCGUAACUGUUGGGGAAGGAGGAGAAAUAAAUCCAUCUUCUCUCACUAAGGUAUAAUUGUGUGUCUGUGUCUAUAUUUCCCUUGGAUAACUCAUGAACUCCCCUGUGACUAAGAUUGUGAAGAUUCUUUGAAGGGUCGAUGGAGAAUCUUACUUCUGUAUACUAAAUGAGAGCUGCUUCUGUAAAAGUUAGGGAGCAUGAAUGUCUCAAUUGGAGCCCUGAAAGUAGCAAGCAUGCCCCUGGACAUGUGCAGAGAGCCUAUCCUACAUUGCCACUGGGUUAACUGUAAGCUGCCUCCAUACAUAUUUUAUUUGAAGAUGAUAUACCGGUACUGCCAACUCAAGAAGGGUGGCUUCUAACAACUGCAAGCCCCAGCACCUUUAAAAAAAGAAAAAAGAAAGGGGAUGGAGGAGCUAGCAAAUUGCUCCUGAUUUACUGCAACACAUUCUAAGGCAGGGUCCCCAAACUAAGGCCCGGCAGCCGGAUGCGGCCCAAUCGCCUUCUAAAUCUGGCCCGCGAACGGUCCAGGAAUCAGCAUGUUUUUACAUGAGUAGAAUGUGUCCUUUUAUUAAAAAUGCAUCUCAUUUGUGGGGCCUGCCUGGUGUUUUUACAUGAGUAGAAUGUGUCCUUUUAUUUAAAAUGCAUCUCUGGGUUAUUUGUGGGGCAUAGGAAUUCGUUCAUU